AUGAACUACUGGUUCCGGUGGGACACGUCUGUUAACCGAGAGCUAAUUCAUCAAGUAAUUGAAGCUAUUGAAGAAAACUUUACCAGUAGUGAACAGGUUAACUGUCGCGGCCGUAAACCUAAGAAGAAAGAGAAGGCGAGUCAUCGGAGGUUCGCCGGAAAAGCUUUAAAUCCUCCGCCAGAGGUUUCGGUUUCGCCUCCGUAUGACAUCUCAUUAGUUGAAGAAUGUGCAAAGGAAGAACAUGAGGUAGUGGAGGAGUCGCCGGAGACGGAUGCAACGGCGAGAAGAGGACUUCCGGAAGUGAAAGGGUUGUUUAACUGGCGUUUGUGGGGACUUUGGAGUCCGUGA